UGCCAUAUUUCUUGGUGUUCCUCGUCCCGCCGCGACGGCCGUCCAGUCGACCGAGGACGUUGGCCAUUUCGGUAUCGUUUCGUCGAGUUCCAUUUUCCGAAUUUUUUACCCCGACAAUUGUCAACCGACGAACGUCGUUAGACUGUCAGGGUCAUUCUGGAACAUGUUGGCACAAACUGGAUGUACAUCGAAAAUUAACGCAAACUCUGAUGCGAAGGAACAGAAAGCUGAAACAUCGUCUAUGAUUAAGAUGGAGGAAUUGCUGAAUGAGGACGAUUCCAAUACCGCUGAGGUGGUACUCUCGAACAAAGGAGGUCCUAAAGUCAUUCACAGGGGUUUUAUGUACACAUUGCAUAAGAAACAACCCAAUACGAUACGCUGGCGAUGCGUUGGCAGAACGUUGCACUGUAGAGGAAGUCUCAUUACUACAGGGGAUUGCAAAAAACCAAGAAUACGAAUGCAACACAAUCAUAGUCCAGAUUUUGCCGCAGCACAAUUGGCCAGAAAACGAUACAUUGCUUUAGGUCAACCUCCGGUGCUUUCAGAUGAUGAGCCUAGGACACGAAUGGUACAAUCUGGGAAUCUAAAGCCUAGUGAUUUUGUCUCAUGGACCGAUUGGCAGAUCCAAAAUCAAUUACAACUCCAGUGCCCAAUGCUGCCAAUACUACCAAACGACGUGGAAACGAAGCGGAUUACACGAUCGACGAGCAGAAAUAAUAGUGAGUUCGAGCUAGUAUCUGAUUGGCAAGGCGGUGAUCAAUCUGAAGGUCAAUUUUUACCGGGACUUCAAAAAGUACUUCCUACGCCAACGCAGGCUAGUUCCGGUAGCAAAACAAUCAGGAUAGGACAAUCGCUCAUAAGGCCGAGACCCAUCGCGCCAGCACCUUCUCAGCACCUUCAGCAAUCCCAACAACAACAGCAACAUCAUCCGCAACAGCAACAACAGCAGCCACAGCAGCAGCAGCAGCAGCAACAGCGACAACAACUCCAGCUGCCGUUGCAACAGCAACAACAACCAAAGACUUUAGUCCUUAAAACCAUUCCCCUUAAGGUGAAACACGUUGCUCCAACCACCAUAAAAAUGGCACCCCGUCAACCACCCAGUGUAAUUCCUCAAACCACUGUACCGCAACAACCAACUGAGGUUUGUCUGCGAUGGAAUAGUUACCACAGUAACAUGCAGAAUAGUUUUCCCUCUCUGUUAGAUACUGAGCAAUUCGUCGAUGUCACUUUAGCUUGUGAGGGUCGAUCCCUGAAGUGUCACAAAAUGAUUUUGUCCACCUGUAGCGAUUACCUCGCUGAUCUUCUGCGUGAAAAUCCUUGCCAGCAUCCAAUUAUCCUCAUGAAAGAUAUCAAAUUUUGGGAAGUUGAGGCACUAGUCAGAUUCAUGUACAGGGGCGAGGUAAACGUCGCCCAUGACAAGUUACCGCAACUAUUGAAUGCCGCCGAAGCGCUGCAGGUCAAAGGACUGGCUGGUCCCAGUCCAUCCUCGCAGAGUACAAAGCCACCGAUGUUAAUCCCGCAAUCAAAGCCUUCGACGUCCCAACCAAUAAUUCAGCGAAUCUCAUCAGAAACCAAAGAAGCCAAAAGCCAACCUCCCAAUACCGCCAAUGUGAUAACUGCUCAGAAACGUACUCAGAAACGUCGCCCUUCAGAAUCAAACGAACCAAGCAAACCGUUCACGAAAAUCCGCUUGCAGCGUCCCCAGAGCCCUGUUUCUCCGACAGUGACAGUGAAACUUGAACCUUUAGAUAUACCUUUAAGUCCUACGGAAAUGUUUCCCGAUGGUCACGACAACCGCUCGUCAUCUCCUGCACGAUAUGGGAACUUGGAUGACUUUCAUGAGGAGGAAGAUCCGGAAGGUGAUCGGGAGCGGAGUAGCACCGACCGAGAUCUGAAUUUUUGUGAGAUACCUGGUCCGCCUGAUCUCAACGAUAGCGAAGAACAAAUGGAAUUCGUACCAACGGACUUUUUGGAACAGGAACAAGAUAUUUUAGAUGAUCACGAAAACGAGCACGAACAGGAUCCGGACCACGACGGGGAAGAUGGAGAAGAUGAAGACGACGGAGAUGAUGGGGAUGACAUACACGAGUUGAACGACAAAGACGAAUCACCGGAUCGGAGUAGAGAUCCCGAUGACGAAAUUGAGGACGACAACUAUUCAGAAAAACUCCCGGGAGAUAAUAAUAUGACAUAAUUAAAUGUGUUUUUCUUGAAUCUUGCGAGCCGAACGCCAAGAAAUUGUAAAAUUACGCUGGUCUGUACAUUAGCAGUAUUAAUCACUGCUCAGUAUGGUUUAGUCUGGUUGGAAACGCUAAUCACUGAUCGCGAUAGAUGACCUUGUUCGUUUGACAAAUCUCAUCGCGGAGGACUGCGAAUACCUCUCUUUCUCUACUUUAUCUACAACCAAUUUAUUCGUACCGGAUUUGAAUCAACUGGAAUGCGCACAUUUGUUUCAUGUUUGUCGCGUGGCUAUAAGAACAUGUUUACGAAUUUGUACACGAUUCUACUGACACCAAAAAGUAUUCUAAAAUUGUUAUUUUGUUUCUGUUUUAUUUAAAUAUUUUUUACGUGAUUUUUUGAUUUUAUGUUUGUUUAAUAUGCAAUUUGUUGCUACAUCUAUGAUUUAAUCGAUGCAUUUAUACAAUUUAGUCGUAACGAUAAGUAAGUUCUCUGCAUUCAGUCAUUAUACAAAGAUUAUUACUCAUUCAGAGUGGAAUUUUAAAGAAAACCAAGGUAAAUCCAAAUAUUAGAAGAAGCCUGUAAUGUUGCCACAUUUUAUAUCAUAUUAAAAUUACGUAUUAGUUGAUGAUAGUAUACAUUACUAGUUAUAAGUACGAAUUAAGUUAUUAUUCAAUAUGCACAUCACGGACUCCUUGGAAAUAAUUAGUGAUGAAUUCCGGUGUAUAUCUAUAUGCAAAAGGAAGACAAUUCGGAUACGUACAUACGACGGCAGUACGUAUUUAUAUGUAUGUAUCGACGUUUGAAAUUUGUGUCACAGAAUGUCUUAUCGUUCAUAAAUAGGUAUCAGGUAAUAAAUAUAAAAGCUAUGUACCUACCUACCUGUUGUGUAUAUUUCAAGAAAUAUGGAUAACGCAAAAGUCUUAUAAAUAAACGAUCAUUGUGUCAUAAUACACUUGAUUUUCCACGUUCACGCUACUUUUCCUUUCUACCAUUCGCUUUGUGCAAUCUCUAAAUUCUGACCGAUC